AUGUCGUCUCCUCAGAAAUAUCCAGCUUCGCCAGGAACUACAGCGCCUCUGCGGCGUGGCCUCUUCAAAGAUGGUCUUUGGUGUUGUAACUGCCCCGAACGGCCGGUUGCGGUGCGCCGUGAAACUAAGAAGCAGGGACCAAACUUCGGGAAAUGGUUUUGGACUUGCGCACAACCUCCACAUCUCAAAUGCAGCUUCUUCCUGUGGGCAGAUGACGCUGCAAUGCGUGAGCAAGCAACCGUCCUUGCCAACUCUCGAUCCGAACUCGAUCCUAGCCCUCUCACCCCGACAAGGCGUACCCCAGGACGUAUGAACAACGGGCUACUCACUCCACAGACUGACCGCAGAUUUAUCGACACCCCGCAACACAACCUCAAGUCGCCCCCCAAGACAGCUAAGGCCAGAAUGAUAUCAGAAGCGUCGGACGACUUUGGUUGGAACGACAACUCGGAUGAUAAUGAUGAGCUUGUCCAAUUACUCUCUUCCAGCCAGACCGAGAGCUUCAUCUCGCAGCCCAACUUCCAUCCCAAAUCCCCGUUCAAGACCCCCCGCACCGCCGCGGUGACUUCACCCGGCAAGCGCAAACUGGCAGAAGUCACGAAUGAUAAUCCUUCCUACGACCAGUCUGCAACCGCGACACCUUUCUCAUCCCGCUCCUCUCGCGCCGAUAUGCUCCCUCCCUCGUCUGCCGAAUUAUGCAUGACACCCACGCCUAGCAAAUACAACGAUGUACUCUCCGCAGACUCGAAGUUUGACACCUCGGAUCUUGCAAAGAGUAUACUCGAUAUUCUGGAAAAACAUAGUGUUGUUUUGCCGAAUAAAGCGCAUAACGAGGUGGUCUCGCUGCUUAACAGGCAGGACUUGAGGACGCAGGGGAUUAUUCGUGGGCGGGAUAUGACGCGGCUGGCAUUGAAGAAGAAGGAUGACGAAAUUAAAAAGCUGCAAGACCGGGCUAACCUGGAAGCUCAAAGAGAACUGGAUCGUUCUCUUAUUGGGGGGAUGAAACCCUAUUAA